UAUUACCUGUUUAUGAUCAAUGGGAAGACGAAUUCACUUUGUGGUUGACCCUCAGGGUUGGUGCUGCAUGGGCCUGAUUAUCUUUGUCUGGCUGUACAAUACAAUCUUCAUUCCAAAAGUCAUCCUUUUUCCUCACUAUGAAGAGGGACAUAUUUCAGUUGUGGCAAUUUUGUCUUAUUACUUCUGCUCGCUGUUUUGCAUAGCUUCAUUACUAAGAGCCUCAGUAGCUGAUCCAGGAAAGCUACCUGAAAACCCAAAGAUACCAAUUACAGAACGAGAAUAUUGGGAAUUAUGUAACAAAUGCAAUAUGAUGAGACCAAAGCGUUCACACCAUUGCAGCCGGUGCGGGCAUUGUGUGAGGAGGAUGGAUCACCACUGUCCAUGGAUUAAUAAUUGUGUUGGUGAAGACAACCACUGGCUGUUUUUACAGCUGUGUUUCUAUACUCAGAUACUUAGUUCUUACACACUGAUACUUGAUUUCUGCCAUUACUACUACUUUUUGCCUCUGAAAAAAGAAAACUGGGAUGUUUUUGUAUUUAGACAUGAACUUGCUCUCCUAAGAAUAUCUGCCUUCAUGGGCCUAAUAGUAUUAGGUGGAAUAAGUGGCCUCUUUUACACUCAGCUAAUGGGUAUUUUCACUGACACUACAAGUAUAGAAAAAAUGUCAAACUGUUGUGAAGACAUAUCAAGGCCCCGAAAGCCGUGGCAGCAGACCUUCUCAGAAGUUUUUGGCACUCAGUGGAAGAUCCUGUGGUUUAUUCCUUUCAGGCAGAGGCAGCCACUGCAUAUUGCCUACCACUUUGCCAAUCAUGUCUAA